AUGCCGCUCGCUCUUCUUACGCUGGUUCCUUCCUUGUUACUUUACGCCGUUCAGGGCCACUUCCACGUCGAUGAAAUGAUUGGCAAUGUACCUGUAUGGAGUAGUAGAGUAACUCCUUAUCAUGUAAAGUCUGCUCCUGAUUCUACCAUUUCCUUUGAAGUUCUUCAGUACAAUUUAUUUGGACGUCCGUACGAAGUCUCUAAGGAUGGGCAGAGUGAACGAUUGCAACGAGUUCCCGAGUCAUUGCAUCAGAUUUCUCCAACCAUCGAUGUUGUGACUUUGGCAGAAGCCGAUAUCAAAACUGAGCGAAACGAAAUGCUCGCUCAAUUUCAAAAGUUUGGUUUCAAUUAUUCCACGACAAUUCUUCAUGACCCGGAUCCAUUCACUAGCUUACUAAACGGAGGAGUAAUGGUGGUGUCCAAGUGGCCGAUCAUUCGUGAAGCUCAGCAUGUGUAUCACAAUGCUUGUCAUUACUCGGACUGUUUAGCAGCUAAGGGUGUCAAAUAUGCCCGGUUGCUAAAAACUGUCAAUGAUACGCACAAGAUUUUUAACGUGUUUGCUACCCACAUGCAGGCGUGGUCUACGCCAGAAGGACGGGCGGAUCGGAUUCAGCAAGCAAAGCAGAUGCGGCAGUUUAUCGAUGCUAUUGGCAUUCCGUAUCACGAGCCAUUGAUCUUUGCAGGGGACUUCAAUGUAGACAAUCACACUUUUGGAAAUGAAGUGGCACAUUUAGUAGAGCUGCUUCAAGCGAAUGAACCUCGUCAGAUUGGCAAACAGGUUUUCACGAGCGAUCCGCACACGAACGUGCUGGUUGGACGUGACGGAGCUGCCAUCAGCAACAAAUGCUUUGCACAAUACGUCCAAAACUGGGGGCCAGCAACGGAUAGCGUUUUCUACCCAUCGUUGCUCACCCGAACGACAUGCGGUGUCCACACUGAGAUUACUGAGCCUGAUUUGGACAACAUGUGCUAUUGCCCCUGCUGUCCACUGGAGUGGCUUGACUACGUUCUGUAUGGAAAAGCUCCUUACCAGCAACCAAGCACAGUACCAACACUCCAAGCUUUUGUAAAUCAGGUCCCUCGUUUUACAGUUGAUUGGACUGGUGUAAAGAGGAUUAUGAAAAUGGCAUUAAUUGAUCUCUCCGACCAUUAUCCAGUACAUGGAAAAUUUGAAUUUCCAUUAACUCGUGGUCAAGGAAAAGAUGAUGAUCCAUUUGACGUACCAUUUGGACGGCUGCUCAACCGACAGUGA